UGCUUGAGGUAACAAAGCAUGUAUGUGAGGGAACAAUGGACAGAGAGAGAACAACGUUUGUGGAUAUCAAGUCUCAGAUUUCAAGUCUCAGAAACUCCACCCUGAAAGUUUGAACCACCAUGGGAAGUAGUUAUCUUCUCACAGUGGGAGCUCAGAGCAUCAGAGCACAGCUAACGCUUCUUCAAGCAGGUGUGAGAGUGGAGAAUAUGCAUUCAGUAUCUAAAAAUCUUUGAGACGUGAAAAUUUCAGUAAAAGUAACCUUUUCCGGCAUAGAAGUUGAGAAGUUCCUGGCUGCAGAGCUGUUAUCAUGGUUUCUCAGGGCCUCCAAGUCAUGGGUGUGCUGCUGGCAUUCAUCGGCUGGCUGGGCACCAUCAUCACCUGCGCUAUACCUAUGUGGAGAGUCACCAAUUUCGUCGAGGGGAACAUUAUCACCGCCCUGGAGGUCUGGGAAGGCUUGUGGAUGGAGUGUGUGGUCCAGAGCACGGGCCAGAUGCAGUGUAAGAUGUACGACAACAUGCUGGCUCUACCGCUAAACCUGCAGGCUGCCAGGGCUAUGGUGGUCAUCUCUGUGGUCGUUGGGGUGUUUGGCGUCCUCAUGGCUGCGGUUGGAGGAAAGUGCACCAACUUCAUGGAGGAUGAAGUGGCCAAAGCCAAAGCCUGCAUCGUGUCUGGAGUGAUCUUUAUAAUAGCCGCCUUACUGAUCAUGAUCCCAGUGUCGUGGUCAGCUCACGCAGUGAUCAUGGACUUUUAUAACCCCCUGGUGAUUGAGGCUCAGAAGAGGGAGCUUGGGGUUUCGCUUUAUAUCGGCUGGGCCUCUGCUGGGAUGCUGCUGCUGGGAGGAGGCCUGCUGUGCAACAGCUGCCCCCCAAAAUAUGGCACAAGACCUUACAUACCUGCCAAGUUUGUCCCUGCAAGAACCACAUCAUCAAACGUGGGCUAUGUGUGAGUGUUUCAUUAAAAUGUGUUAAUGUUCUCACCAAAAAGUUGCACAGGAGGAUAGAUUUCUUAAAAAUGUUGUUGCUAAGGCUGGCAUAAGCAAUACAUCUGUGUAUUUGGUUGAUUAGGAAAACUUAUCUCAGAAUUUGAGAUACUUUCUAAACUCAGACAGCACAGUAAAAUACUGUACCAUGAAAUGUCUUAAUGGUUUGUUUUUUUCAGAGGAAAUGUGUCUCUAUCAAAGGUUGAUAUACGCUGUCAAUUAUCAGUUUUCACAUGGAAAUGUUUGUCUCAGAUUAAAUAUAUUAUCAAAUAUCCUCACUAGUGUGAAUCAAUAAGGGCUGAAAACGUUCUGACAUGACUCUGAAACAAUAUCUUUCAUUUUGAACGGAAUACCUAAGAGUUGUUUUAUUCAUAAAGACUGAGACUGAAUGGAGUGAUGCAAUACAUCUAAAUACAGAUGUGUGCUUCAAAUCAGAUGUGAUGUUUUUUUUUAAUGAUUUAAUGAUCCCUGCUGUACUUCCAAUUGCCUUUUUAAAUGUCAGAAAUAAAGCUUCUUUGUUCCUA